AUGUGAGCAAAUAAUGGAGGUUGUUUAUGCUGGCUGAGGGAAAUAGAAUAGGAUAUAUACAUAAACUGCCAUGGUUUUUCGAAAAAGGUGUGGCGGAUGACAGUGGAAUAUAGUGGCGCGGACAAGGUCCAGGUAUUCGUGAUGGAGGGGGACAUAUCCCCCCGCAACAGACCUCGGGUGGGGUUCCUCUUCGCCCUCGUCUGUACAACUUUCAGCUUCUCCAUGUUCUUCAUGGCAAUGAACAACUUGUGGUAUGAAGGCGAUGUAACAGAAGAUAACAGUGAAGUCUUGGACUACGAAGAAUUCCGAGGACUUGGGGGACCAAUACUACAGGAUUAUCACCACCAUAGCGAUGUCAACGAAGAUGCUGCGAAUGACCUUCGUAAGAAAGUUCGUGUCUUGUGCUGGGUGAUGACUGCGCCAAAGAACUUGGCCAAAAAAGCAACUGCCGUGAAAAACACGUGGGGAAAACGGUGCAAUAAAGUGAUAUUUUUCAGUAGCCAGACCAACACCUCUUUCCCAACAGUCGGUCUACAAGUGUCCGAAGGGCGCGAACAUUUGACUGGGAAAACGAUACAAGCGUUUAAAUAUUGUUACGAACAUUAUAGGGAUCAAUUCGACUGGUUUUUAAAAGCAGACGAUGACACUUUUAUGAUAGUUGAAAACUUGAGAUACUUUUUGUCACAUCACAGUCCCAAAUCUCUAGUUUUCUUCGGGCAUAAAUUCAAGCCUAUUGUGAAGCAGGGUUACUUCAGUGGCGGUGCGGGCUAUGUCUUGAGUAGAGCUAGCCUAGAUAAGUUUGUAACGGAAGGCAGCGUCAACCCGUUCAUCUGCAGGCAAGAUGGCGGCGCGGAGGACGCAGAACUGGGUAGAUGUAUGAUGAAGCUAGGGAUAAAAGCAGGUGAUUCUUUGGACAUGUUUGGCAAGGAGACUUUCCACCCUUUUGUGCCAAUCGCUCAUCUGGAAGGCCACCACCCGGAGUGGUUUUACAAAUACAGCGCCCAUAAGCCACGAAAGGGUCUUGGUUGCUGCAGUGACUACAGCAUCUCCUUUCAUUAUAUGUCCCCCUCCGAUAUGUAUCUAAUGGACUAUUUAUUAUACCACCUUAAACCUUACGGCAUUGUCCAACAGCCAGGGAAGAAUAAACACUUUGACAGCGAUCCAGAACCUCACAAGGACGAAUAAAUGUCGCUCAUUGUUCAGUCUUUUAUAUCAAUUUUUGUUUAUUUGUUAUGUACAAUGUGAAAUUGAAGAGUUGUGGUGCUUGAAAUAUCUAUGCUUUAAAGUUUAUCAUCAUUUUUCACUUUACGAAUUUUUUUGCUGUAAUUUAACUUUAAGUGCAAUCUGCAAUAUUAUUUUAUAUUCAUUUUAUUUAGUACAUCAUUGGUACAUCGAGGGUUUAUCAAUAUACAGUUUAUGAAUACAGUAAAUUCCUGAUGUAGCGAAUAUGUUUAAAUUCGGCGAAAUGAUUUACUAUAGGUCUAAUUUGUAAAUCGUAAAUUGUUAAACUCCGGAUAUAAAAAGAGUGGUUAUAAAUAGGGACAUACUUGUAUAUACAGUGUACUAAACUUAUAGUACAACCAUAGGUUCUUAACGAAUGAAAAUUGAAAGUUCGCUAUACGCGAAAUUUACUGUAUAUGAUUUUGACUGGUAUUUACAUACAUGUAGGCCUACUUUUUUAUGACAAUGCAUAUUCAUCACUUGGAUCAUCUGCUAGACCAUGUACCACGUUUACUCAGUAUUCAACUUUCUCUAAACACCCUUGUGUUCUAAUUAUUUAUGCUGGUUAUAGUGUUUCUGUGCACUAAAUGAAAUUCGAAAAUAUUAAAAUUAAUAUGUGACAAUCUGAAA